AUGAAACAAUUCCUGGAACUCUGGAAGCUGGAAGUGAGCCCAAACGGUUCCAGCAGCAGCGACGCUCAGGCGCGGGAAUGCCUCAUUACCAAACAACGGAGCCUCAUUACCAAACAACGGGGCCUCAUUACCAAACAACGGAGCCUCAUUACCAAACAACGGAGCCUCAUUACCAAACAACGGAGCCUCAUUACCAAACAUCGGAUCCUCAUUACCAAACCACGGAGCCUCAUUACCAAACAACGGAGCCUCAUUACCAAACAACGGGGCCACAUUACCAAACAACGGAGCCUCAUUACCAAACCACGGAGCCUCAUUACCAAACAACGGAGCCUCAUCACCAAACAACGGAGCCUCAUUACCAAACAACGGAGCCUCAUUACCAAACAACAGGGCCUCAUUACCAAACAACGGAGCCUCAUUACCAAACAACGGGGCCUCAUUACCAAACAACGGAGCCUCAUUACCAAACAACGGAGCCUCAUUACCAAACAACGGAGCCUCAUCACCAAACAACGGAGCCUCAUUACCAAACAACGGAGCCUCAUUACCAAACAACGGGGCCUCAUUACCAAACAACGGAGCCUCAUUACCAAACAACGGGGCCUCAUUACCAAACAACGGAGCCUCAUUACCAAACAACGGAGCCUCAUUACCAAACAACGGAGCCUCAUUACCAAACAACGGAGCCUCAUUACCAAACAACGGAGCCUCAUUACCAAACAACGGAGCCUCAUUAAAAAACAACGGGGCCUCAUUACCAAACAACGGAACCUCAUUACCAAACAACGGAGCCUCAUUACCAAACAACGGAGCCUCAUUACCAAACAACGGAGCCUCAUUACCAAACAACGGGGCCUCAUUACCAAACAACGGAGCCUCAUUACCAAACAACGGGGCCUCAUUACCAAACAACGGAGGGCCUCAUUACCAAACAACGGGGCCCAAACAUUACCAAACAACGGGGCCUCAUUACCAAACAACGGAGCCUCAUUACCAAAACAACGGAGCCUCAUUACCAAACAACGGGGCCUCAUUACCAAACAACGGGGCCUCAUUACCAAACAACGGAGCCUCAUUACCAAACAACGGAGCCUCAUUACCAAACAACGGGGCCUCAUUACCAAACAACGGGGCCUCAUUACCAAACAACGGGGCCUCAUUACCAAACAACGGAGCCUCAUUACCAAACAACGGGGCCUCAUUACCAAACAACGGAGCCUCAUUACCAAACAACGGGGCCUCAUUACCAAACAACGGGGCCUCAUUACCAAACAACGGGGCCUCAUUACCAAACAACGGAGCCUCAUUACCAAACAACGGGGUCUCAUUACCAAACAACGGAGCCUCAUUACCAAACAACGGGGCCUCAUUACCAAACAACGGAGCCUCAUUACCAAACAACGGGGUCUCAUUACCAAACAACGGAGCCUCAUUACCAAACAACGGGGCCUCAUUACCAAACAACGGGGUCUCAUUACCAAACAACGGAGCCUCAUUACCAAACAACGGGGCCUCAUUACCAAACAACGGGGCCUCAUUACCAAACAACGGGGCCUCAUUACCAAACAACGGAGCCUCAUUACCAAACAACGGGGUCUCAUUACCAAACAACGGAGCCUCAUUACCAAACAACGGGGUCUCAUUACCAAACAACGGAGCCUCAUUACCAAACAACGGGGCCUCAUUACCAAACAACGGGGUCUCAUUACCAAACAACGGAGCCUCAUUACCAAACAACGGGGCCUCAUUACCAAACAACGGGGCCUCAUUACCAAACAACGGGGCCUCAUUACCAAACAACGGAGCCUCAUUACCAAACAACGGGGUCUCAUUACCAAACAACGGGGCCUCAUACCAAACAACGGGGCCUCAUUACCAAACAACGGAGCCUCAUUACCAAACAACGGGGUCUCAUUACCAAACAACGGAGCCUCAUUACCAAACAACGGAGCCUCAUUACCAAACAACGGGGUCUCAUUACCAAACAACGGAGCCUCAUUACCAAACAACGGGGCCUCAUUACCAAACAACGGAGCCUCAUUACCAAACAACGGAGCCUCAUUACCAAACAACGGAGCCUCAUUACCAAACAACGGGGCCUCAUUACCAAACAACGGGGCCUCAUUACCAAACAACGGAGCCUCAGUACCAAACAACGGAGCCUCAUUACCAAACAACGGAGCCUCAUUACCAAACAACGGAGCCUCAUUACCAAACAACGGAGCCUCAUUACCAAACAACGGGGCCUCAUUACCAAACAACGGAGCCUCAUUACCAAACAACGGAGCCUCAUUACCAAACAACGGAGCCUCAUUACCAAACAACGGAGCCUCAUUACCAAACAACGGAGCCUCAUUACCAAACAACGGAGCCUCAUUACCAAACAACGGGGCCUCAUUACCAAACAACGGAGCCUCAUUACCAAACAACGGAGCCUCAUUACCAAACAACGGAGCCUCAUUACCAAACAACGGAGCCUCAUUACCAAACAACGGAGCCUCAUUACCAAACAACGGAGCCUCAUUACCAAACAACGGAGCCUCAUUACCAAACAACGGAGCCUCAUUACCAAACAACGGAGCCUCAUUACCAAACAACGGAGCCUCAUUACCAAACAACGGAGCCUCAUUACCAAACAACGGAGCCUCAUUACCAAACAACGGAGCCUCAUUACCAAACAACGGAGCCUCAUUACCAAACAACGGAGCCUCAUUACCAAACAACGGAGCCUCAUUACCAAACAACGGAGCCUCAUUACCAAACAACGGAGCCUCAUUACCAAACAACGGAGCCUCAUUACCAAACUCUCAAACACAACAAACACUAAAUUAA